AUGGCUGAAAAGAAGAGAAACAGUGACAAGGAUAGCGUUAAAAGCGCCGCACGGUGGCGCUGUGUAGCAGGGGUCCUCGUGUUACUGAGCCUAGGGCUCCUUGUUGCCGUCAUCGUUCUGGCUGUCAAGAAAAACGAAAACACACAGACAGACGCCGACUCUGUCAUCGCCAAACUGAAAUGUAAGGGAGGCGACUCUGUCAUUGACACGUCAGAACCAGAAAACCCAGGUGUUUUUGACGGUUUGACGCACAAGGAACUCAAAUCUAUCCAGGAAUACAUCUACGGUGUCUCGGAACUAAACCUCGCUAGACCUAAAGAAGCGAAAAUAAAUUCCAGUUACUUGUACGGUUCUGAUUAUUUUCCACCAAAGAAAUCCGAGGCACUUCAGUACUUGGACAGAAACGGAAACAAACCGGCGAGAGAGGCUCGGCUGAUUAUUUUUCGGGGAGACAAGACACCACCCAUUGUCGAGGAGUAUAUUGUUGGUCCUCUCCCAAAACCGACCUAUCACAAGCUUCUGAAAUCAACAGCUCGCAAAAAUCCCGUACCAUAUGCCCAUAGACCUCUAGGCGGAGUGGAGCUUGGCGAACUGUUCGGACAUUUGUACUCCGUAAUAGACCGAGAGGUUGGAUACCUUCUGAAGGACAGCUAUGAUGCAACGUUCACCCACUGCGGAAAGAAAUGCUUAACGUCUUUCGUUUCUCCGGUGUCGUCUGCUAUUCUGAAGAAGGACGUGAGAAAGAUGUGGAUAUUGGCUAAGUAUAACAUCGAAUAUUACAGCAUUCAGCCGGUAGACAUCGCAUUCCUGGCCAACAUCGAUGGUUCCGACUCAUCGAAGUUCUACAUCGAAACUGUAGUCUAUGCAGACCAGGUAUACUCAAGCCUCCAAGCCUUGGCUGCUGCCUACAAUUCAACUUCUAAUCCGAUUAACAAAAGCAAAGUAGAGUUCCCUAAAUAUGACGAGAAUUUGUUUUCAGCUAUGUUCAGACGUGGGCCUCCUUCCUCCUCUUCUUCUUCUAACAAUCCUCAAAGACCUGCUAAAUCUGUUGAACCCGAUGGUAAACGCUACAGCAUCAAACACGGCGAAAUCACAUUCCAGGGGUGGAAAUUCAACUUCCGAAUGUCCACCCUAACGGGUCCCCAGAUCUAUGACGUCCGUUUCGGUGGCGAGAGAAUAGCCUACGAGAUUGGUCUUCAGGAGAUCGCAGUCUUCUACUCUGGACAAAGCGCCGCACAGAGAGCCGCGGAUUACAUCGACAGUGGAAUCUUAGUCGGGACGCACGCUGAUGCCCUGGUACCAGACGCAGACUGUCCAGAGUCUUCAACAUUCCUCCCCACAACAUUUCUAAGUGACACGGCAUCAGAUCCCGUCAGGAAGCCGAAAUCAGUCUGCAUCUUUGAAGUGGACACCGGUAUUCCUUUGCGGCGACAUCUCUCAUAUUCCUAUGCUGAAGGCAGCUUCUAUUCCGGGUUAUCCGACAUCGUGCUCACAGUAAGGACAAUACUGACGCUGGUGAACUACGACUACGUCUUCGAUUUCGUGUUCCACCAAAGCGGUGCGUUAGAGAUCCGCACCAUAUCCACGGGCUACAUCAUCUCGUCCUUUUACACCGACAAGAAAGGUCCGUAUGGCUUCAAGAUUCACGACAACAUGAUCGGCAACAUCCACCACCACAUGUUCCACUGGAAGGCCGACGUGGACGUGCUGGGCACGAGCAACAGAUACGAGACUCUGGACAUCAGCGACGAAGACGUGAACAACACCUGUCGUCCGGACUCCCGCACGAGCUCUACACCCAGAUCAGGUUCGACCGAAGUCUGA